GUCACCGUGCACGGCGGAGGGAUACAAUAACCACUGUCAUCGUGGUGCUGAGGCUUUUGCAAAGCAAAAAUGUCUGCCUAAGGAAAACUCGUAACUGACAUAUAGAGGAUUUCCCCCUCGUAUUGCUCUUUAAACACCCAAUUCGCCAAUUGGAAGACGUGCUGCCAGAAAGCGACUCUUCGCCAGAUCACCCUAGUUUGGAUUUUACUCAAACAAAAGGUUUCAAGACCGCCAGGAUGAACCCACAGCAGCGGAUUGCCGCUCUCGGAACAGACAAGGAGUUAAGUGACUUGCUGGAUUUCAGUGCGAUGUUUUCUCCGCCUGUAGGUGGAGGGAAAAAUCGGCCUACCACAUUAGGAAGUAGUCAGUUCACUGCGCCAGGUAUAGAUGAGAGGACCAACCAAGCAUCCUGGGCCUCAGGUGGCGAGUCCAGUCCUACCUAUGAGUCCUCUCGGGGUUUUGCAGACAGCCCUCAUUACGCCGAUCAUUUGAGUGACAGUCGAUUAGUGCCCAAUGAAGGAUUAUCCCCAACACCUUUUAUGAACUCAAACAUAAUGGGUAAAUCAGAGAGAGCAGCAUUCCUUGGCUUUGGAAGGGACCCUGGAGCAUCUGCUUGCCAGCCUUCUUUAAGAGCAGACGCUGGGUUAGCGAGUCCAAACCCUGUGACUACACCAGCAAAGCCUGCUGCUCCUUUCUAUCCCCUCACUGCUGCCAAUCCCAGGAGACGUUCUCUACAAGAUCCUUUACCCAUUGAUCCUCUACAAACAAAAAAGGUUCGCAAGGUCCCUCCUGGCCUGCCUUCAUCUGUGUAUGCACCGUCUCCAAGCUCAGAAGACUUCAACAGAGAUUCUCCAUCUUACUCUUCUCCCAAACCCUCCAGCAGUAUGUUUGCAAGCACUUUCUUUGAUGGUACCCACAAUUCAUCAGACCCAUGGAAUUCAUCUGGUGGGAUCAAUCAGCCUGGCUAUGGGGGAAUGCUCCCAGGAUCCACGUCUCAUAUGCCACAACCAGGAAACUACAGCAGCUUGCACUCACACGACCGCUUGAAUUACCCUGCACACUCAGUCUCUCCAGACGUCAAUCCCAGUCUUCCUCCCAUGUCCAGUUUCCACCGAAGCAACAACAGCACUUCACCAUUCGUCACUACGGCCCACACCCCAUCUGUCAACUCAGCCGAUGGGGUUAUGGCUGCUGCAAAUCGAGGGGCAACUACCGGAAGUUCGCAGACUGGGGAUGCACUUGGCAAAGCUUUAGCCUCGAUUUAUUCACCCGACCACACUAGCAGCAGUUUUCCAUCGAAUCCAUCGACACCUGUGGGAUCUCCUUCACCUCUGACAGCCGCAGCCAGUGCUGCCUCAGCAGGUACUGUGGUGACUGCUGCUGGCACCCCAUCUGGAAGGCCAGGUACCAACCAGUGGCCCCGCACAAGUGGACAGGCCCCCUCUUCUCCAAAUUAUGAAAACUCCCUUCACUCAUUGAAAAACAGAGUUCAUCAGCAGUUACAUGAGCAUCUUCAAGAUGCCAUGUCUUUCUUAAAGGAUGUCUGCGAGUCUCGAAUGGAGGACCGUCUGGACAGACUGGACGAUGCAAUCCUGGUCCUGAGGAACCACGCUGUGGGUUCCACCGCGACUCUCCCCAGCGACAUUCACAGUCUGCUGCAGAACGGGCCGAUUGGACCAAACUUUCCUGCCUCGGCACUGGGUCCGAGUAGGACCGCAGCAAUGCAGGCCAGCGAUGACGCUGCCAGCCUGAACAACAGCCAUGGAGGCCUGCCCGGCUCCGGCUCCACAUCCAACACAGAACUCAAUCACCAAGUGGAGGCUUUCAGAGCAGGUCUCUUUGCAGGGCUGCCUGGCCAGGUGCCUUCCACUUUGGAACUGAAAGUUGAGAAGCAGGAAAAGGAUGACAUGCACGAUAGUCUCUCCACUGAUACCAGGUCAGAUGAUGAGAGCGACAAAAGAGACCCGAGGACGCCCAGAGGAGGGCCGCGCACCAGCAUCACUGAAGACGAGGACCUGAAUCCAGAGCAGAAGGCUGAGCGUGAGCGCGAGAGGAGGAUGGCUAACAAUGCACGCGAGCGCCUGAGGGUGCGAGACAUCAAUGAGGCCUUCAAGGAGCUGGGCCGUAUGUGCCAGCUGCACCUAAAGAGCGAAAAGCCCCAGACUAAACUGCUCAUCCUCCAUCAGGCUGUGGCUGUUAUCCUUAGCUUGGAGCAGCAAGUCAGAGAAAGGAACUUGAACCCAAAAGCAGCCUGCCUUAAGAGACGAGAAGAGGAAAAAGUGUCUGGGAGCUCUGGUGACGCCCAACAAGCCCACACAGGGGUCCUUCCAGGCCUGACUGAUACAUCUAACCCCAUGGGUCACCUCUGAGCAGCAGACAGAUCGACGUGAUGAGGAGCAUUUCUGUCUCUUUUGACUCUGUAAACCUGGUUCUCAGUGACAGACAGGACUCGCAGUUUGUGACACCAGUUGGGAGGAGACAGACCACUUGAAGCAGAACCAGUCUAAGGCAAUCCAAUCAUACAAUUGAAGUGUGGUGCAGGGGAGAGUUCAGCUCCCUGAAACCAGUUUCCAUCUGCAAAUUUGCCCCAACAAGGAAAAAAAAAAAACCUCAGCACAUAUUACUGUCUGCAAGAAGUCUGUUGCUUCUGAACAAUCAGAGACUUCGCAAUCUCCUCCAACCGGAUCUGGAAAUUGCCUUGUGCCUAAACUGAAUUGACGAAUGCAUUGUAACAGCAAUUGUUUCUGUUUGUCCGUUUCUUUUUUUUUCCCUAUUUAUUAUGUUAUUGAGCGAUAAAGUGUAUGUUGAAAGGGAAAGUUAGGUAACUUCAAAGAGAAGCGUACAGCUUUUCAGUUGAUCUAUAGUUUGCCAGUGUCACCGUCUAACUGAGCACUCCAUCCCAGAAGGUCGUUGGCGAGUCCAAGAUGAAGGGAAAAAGUUGAGCACUGAGAAACCUGACAUUAAUUUAUUGGCCCGUUUAGAGUGGUAUUUAUAUAAAAAAGAAACUAUCAUUAGAUAUUAAAAUAAAGAAAAAGUCUGAAAUUCCCUGCUUUAAAAAGAAAUUAAUUAAUUUAUAUCUGUAUGUUAUUCAUUCUUCUGCUGGCCACAUUUGCUGCCAAACUCCCUGUUGUUUGUUUCUGUGUGGUGUACAACCGUUUGUGUCUCUGAACUUUGCAAAAAAGAACCAAAAAAAGAAGCUUAAGAGCAUCGACUCCAUUUAUCACAAAGGUGACAGCAAGUGGCAAACUUUAGCUUUACUGAAAGCUUUUUCCCCCUUGGUAGUGAUGGUGAAAACUAACUACAGACCUUAGCAUUCCCUUCAAAUUUGUAGUGUCUUAACAAAAGGAAUAGGAGAUUUUACCGCCCCGUCCCUUCUUCCUUUGCCAUAUAGUGUUAAAUGUACGCAGUUACAUAUUUUCUUCAGAUUUUUGUGAACAUUUAGCCUCCAGACAGUUACAGCAUGUUGUCAACACAUAGGUGGCUUUUUUAUCUUCUAUUUUUUUCUUAACAAAGAUGUACUUAAAAAUAGAAACAACAGUUAAAGGAAAAUCAACGACGACCAUACUUUCUCCUGGCCUGAUGAACAUAUCAAUUUUCCUUUUGUUAAUAUUUCAACAGGUAAAAUUUCAAGCGCAGUUAAUCAAAUUCAUGUUUGUUAUUCUUAUUUGUGUUGUAAUGAGUCUUUUUGUUUGUUUGACUUUCAACAUUAUAAUUUCCUUUUUUACCCAAACAUCUAAAAUACUUUCUUGUGAUCAGGAUUCACUUCAGUCAACCAGGCUCCAUAUUUUGGGGAUUAUUUUUUUUUUUAAUCUUUAAACUGUAGCACAAUAAUGAACAAAAGGCAGUUAAAAAGAUUUUCUUUUACCUUUGAAAAACACUGACCAUGAUUUCAAUCUCUUUUCCUCAGUUUGCAUGCUUUAUUUUUUCUCCUUUUUAUGAAACCUCUGGUCUUAAGACUUGCGUAAUAUUCCAUAAAAAAUUCUAUGUAUCUUGUUUUUUGUCAUUAUUUAGACCUUCAACACGGCUACCACAUUCAAUAACAAGUAUUCUGUAAAAAAAAGGGGACUUUAAAUGGACUAAAGAAUGCCGCAAUAAGAGUUUACAUUGAACAUUAAUGACUUACUGUUGUUUUGUGAGAAAAGAAACAAAUCAGCUUUUUUGUCUGACUGAAUGUGGCCUUGUACUUCACUUCAGUAUUUUGCAAUCUUGUAUUCAUAACGGCAAACUUGAGGGUAUGUCACUUCCAGCUCUACUUCCUUCUUUUUUCCCUGUCCUUUGUUUCUUUGCUCCCCUAUUUGCUAUGUUAGACAUUGCUGUUCUCCCAGAUGCUUUCCCUUGUAUAAUCUAUGACAAAAAAGACAAAAGUAAAAAAAAAAAACAUUUGGCUUAUUUUUCACUGUAGUUAGUCUUUUAUACAAUAAUACUGUAAGAAUAUUUCUUGAAUUAUAAAUAUUACUCUUUCUAGAUUUUUGAAAGCAAAAGUUUUGAGUAAAAAGUUUCUUACUUUAUUUUACUAUAUUAGAUAGUAAAAUGUACGGUUAUUUACCAUAAUAUGUCCAUUAUUACAAGAUAUUUGCAAAUUACAUCUUCAGUACACGUAUGAACUGUUGCUUGUAAACCAGCUUCAGAUGACUAAAAUGGGGACGUACGUCGUGCUCUUCAGACUCCAUCAUCAAUUGAUAAUGAAAAAAAAAAUCUGUUCUCGUGUCAAAUAAAAGUUGUGGUGUAUGCACAUCAAAAAAGAAGAAUAAAAAGUGCAGCAGCAAGAUUUGAAUUUUCUGUCUGUUUCAACAGAAAAAUACAAUGUAUAUAACAUUUAUGUUGCAAUAAAUGUGCCAUCUUUUUUUAAACUAAAUUGUAUGUGCAUUUAUUUCUCCUAUUGGACAACCAUGUUUCUGUUUAACCAUCAUAAUUCAUUUAUUUUCAUAGCAUUUUUUUUUUCGCGAAACAAAUAGAAACAAUAAAGCUUAUUCCUUUUUGCUUUGGAGACAUUUCUACAGUGGAUUUAGGCCAAAUGAGUGUUUUAUAGUAUGUAAGUCUUUUUUGAGAAUACCAGUGGACCAUUGUAGCCUGUAUGGAAAAUACUAUGAAUAUAUGUUUCUAUUUUUAAUAAAGUGUGAUAGCAG